AUGAUGGGCUGCCAUGUGCUGCAGCGGCCUACUACUAAUCGAUGCAAAAACAAUAAUCAAGAAAAAAAAAACACAAGAAUUACCACAAUCAAGAAACCAAACAAAUUCUUCGGGACGGGGCAUUGCCUGCUGCAGCGUUGCGGGCCAUCGCAAGGUAUUACGUUGCUUGGCAUCAGCAGCAGGUCGGACGGCAGCGGCGGCGGGCGGCUUUCGGGACGGCAGGGCUUCGGUGGAGGCUCUCGGCGACGGCAGCGCGACGCGGGGCUGGAGUGCCGGCGUGGCGCCCCGACUGCCGCCCGUCGCAGGCCGUUGCAGGCCGUUGCAGCCCUGGACGCCGUCGGGUCGUAG